UCUAGGUAUAUUCUUCCCCCAACAAUCACAUUUUUACCUAGUAUAGACAAUAAUCAUAGCACAAUACUGGCCACUAGUAAUAAAAUAGCAUAAUGAACUCAUAUAAAUACAAAUAAAUGUAAAUUUAAUCCUCACUUUGACCCAUUGAUCAAACAUUCACCAGUGGCCAUAUUACAGUACAUCCAUUUGCAAUGAUCCUUGUUUCUUCAUUUUUGAUCCAUCAAUAAAACAUAAUCCUAAAGUUUCCAUAUCACAUCCAUUGGCAAUAACAUUUUGCUCAUUUCCUAUUUAUUUGCUAAUUUCUUUAUGUUGGUUUCGUUUCACAUUUCUGACAGAGGCAAAAGCUUCUGGCAAAUUCAGCAGACCAAGAAGUGUUCAAGGAAAGCUCGGUCUAGUUUAUUACCUUUUGCUGCAAACAACCUUAAAAAUAAACACAUGGAUUAACAAAAAAAAGAUAAAGACAUGCUAAUAGACAACAAAACAACAGGUGUAACCAAGCACUUUCAGAUAAUGGUUCUAGAAAUUUGUCAGAAACUCCUACAUUAUUUGCUAAAAGAUAAACUCACACUGAAACUGUCCAUAUGCAAGAAAUAAACUAGAACGAUUUAAAAGAAAGAAUAGACAAUCUGCAUGAUUAACAGUACAAUGAAUAAAAUAACGGCAUGAGAAAGGGUAGAGUGUAGACAUGAGUUUGACCAUGAGGUGGCAUCAAUCGUCAUCUGUGAAAGCAGUAAAUAGAAUCCCACGUACAGCCUCUCUUUAGCAGAGUGUCUAGUGCAUGGAUGCAAAUUAGGAGCUUGGACACACAAAUGUGACGAGCCACUCACCACAGACGGAUGUUUUAAAAUGUGUAAAUAGAAUCAAUUAAUUUCCUAAAGGCAAUGAAAGCCAUCAUAUGUAAAGGGUUAUAUUUUGACGUCACGUUAAGGAUCAUAAUUAUGUUGUUAGAUAAAAAAAAAAACUAGAAAACGAUUGGUACCAUUUGUUUUUGUUUUUUUUAGUACAUCAAUGGUUUGAUCACAAAAAUGCACACGGAUAAUUUCACAGUGUUGGAAAGACGGUUUUACAUGCUUCCAGUCGCUUUCAUGUGUCAAUAAAAUAUAUUUUUUGUGUAACCGUGAUAUCCAUUUGUACGUCAUGCUAUCGAGGCUCUAGUAAGCGACCACCUCAGGAAUUCGAGAAAGCUUUCGUAAAUUAAGUUGGUCGCUUACGCUACGCGAAUGUUCGUUCAUUCUCAAGCAAAGAGCGCUUCGAUCGUGUAUGCCUAUCCAUAACAUAUCCUAAAUGUUCUCUAUUCUUAUCCUCGACUCCGCACGUCCUCCAAAGCCCCUCCCUCCAGUUUCCCUCAUCGCUUCAUAUCCGUUCUUUAUACAAUCAUCUCGUGCAACACGAAUAUAUAUGUAUAUAUAUAUAUAUAUAUAUAUUAUCGAAUUAGCAAAUAACGUAUACAACUUUGUUUUCUAGAUGGUUAUUUCAAAAUUUCUUCAAAUCAUUACUAACAGUUAUCAGAAGGUGUCUCUGACAAGGGCUCUUUCAAUUAUGCACAAAAAUCAAAAGAAAUAUGGCAGUAUCAAAAUCACUGAAGUGAGCGUGAGCAUUUGCCAAGUUUGAUAUUUUUCGCACAAUUCAAGGCCAAUCAAAACUUAUUGAAGGUUGGCUCUCUCUUGGACGCAUUAGCGAACACAAGCGCAGGAAGAUGCGCUCUCUUGCGCCUGUUCUCGUGCUUGCGUUCCAGCGUUCGAGUGAGAAUCGGAUUGACGUCUUUAGAGCGCGCUUCAACAGAAUGCAUGAUUCUGAUUAGCUGAGCUGCGUUUCGCCGAAGGCUUCUGAUUGGCUAAUUUUUCUGUGACGUGAAAUUUGUUUGGUGCACUAAAACCCGGUUGCCCAUAGCAACCUUUAGGGCUUUCCACUUUACGGAAAAUGGAUGCGAACCUUGCCGAGUCUCUCGGCAAGAAAAAUCCAAACUUCAAAAUGAUAGAAACUCAAAACUUCAAGAAAUCCUAAAUGGAUAGUUACGAACCAUCACUGGAUGUGAUCGUAGAAGUCAGCGACCCACGCUCGACGAAGGAGGAGUCCCGAGAAAUCCCGACAAACUCCUGCGAAAAGGUCAACAACAUCCACCCAAAAUCCACGACAUCCAAAGACGGUGAAGCUUCAACCGGCAGUGCAUUAUGGAUCCUCAUGAUUCUGUCUGCGAUCCUGUGCUUGGUGGUCAGCGUGCCUGUUCUAGCCAUCAUUCUAGCAUGUGCCAUCCACACCCUGCUCACCGUCGCGGCACCCCUCCCCGUGUGCUGCGCCCUGCUGUCCAUCUACGUCACGAGACCGGAAGUGCUAUACGAUAUCGUUGUCAUGGUAAUAACCCUGCCCUUACAGUUUUGCGUUAUCGUGCUUUGUUUACCAUCUGAGCUCUCCCUUGUCAUGGUUGGUGCGAUGGAACUGCUGUACCACGUGACCUCCCGUCGCGCCGCAGAGCCUACUGCAGAGCCCGCUGAUCUAACAUCCGAGGCGCAGGAGUGCGAGACGGAGGAGAAAGAGACUGAAGAACCCGAGGCCGAUGUGAGCGAGCUGCUUGCAAGUGAGACCGGGUGCACCGCGGUUGCCCCAUGGAGACCGAACCCGGCAAAGCCUCGACGCAUUUCCAAAGUCACGCUGAGCGUUCUCCUCAGAGACAAGGAUCCACUCCUGGGAAGACCUGAUGAUUGGGUACCAGGCCUCACUGCAGACGCCACAGGCCAAAACGUCCAUACAACCAUGACUCAAGCUGCGUGCGUGCUAAUUGCCUGGAGCCAACUCCAGGCGAAGAACAGUGAAUCCAAGCGCAAAGCUCUGGUCCCGUGGAGACCGAAGGCCACAGAGCCAAGAGGCGUGUCGGAGGUCAAGCUGAAUGCAUUCCUAAAAGACAUUGUCUUGGGAAGACCUGACGACUGGGCUGCACAACUUCCACCAGCAGCCUCAAGCCACGAGUUUCAAAGCACUUUGGCUAGUGCCAUGCGCGUACUCAUGACUUACAAUCAGUUCAAGAGAGCACAACUGAUUAAGAACCAGCUAGCGAUCGUGAUGAGAAGAAACAGCGAGCAAAACGUACAAGACUUCCAUUUAGAAGUAGCUACCACUCUGCGAAUCCUGAUGGAGUUAAGUCAACAACAAGCCAAGGCAGAAUAUACCAGCAUCACUGUCAUAAUAUGUGAUGACAACACAGUCCUCAUCUUGAUCACGACAAGACAGGAGACGACAGUAGUAUCAAGAACGUUCUGGCUUGUCAUCUUGAAGCCUACUAUCACCUUGAAGCCUAACAAGAGAAACAUAUCGCCCUGGCCAGAUUGGCGUCAGGUAACAGCAGGAGAUGGCAUCGUUGACACCAGCACCACGAUGGCUAACCCGAGUUCAGAGUUUGCGAUAGCUACUGUUAGAGCUUUGAGUCUUGUUAUUUACAUCAACGAGGCCAAACGUUACCGCCUUGUGACCUCUAUCCCUUUGUAUUACCAACGGCUGAGGGACCCAUAUACCAUCAUGGUUGUAUACAUCGACGAGCGAACGGCGCGAAAAUAUGGCCUCACCGUCUACUCUAUGAGUCAAAAGAGAUUACAGCGAAGUUCUACAAUCACACCAGUGCCAACACCGCUAAACAGUGUACUCUCAAAAUUGGAUUUGAGAAUGAAGGGGGUAGAUACAGGCAACGCUACAGGAGGUACUCUGCCAAGGGUUACUGAGAGUGAAACUGAAGUGUCCCACACUCCUUUCAUACAAGCCAAGAAACAAGACUGCGGUUUAACAAGCAAGCGGCUCAUAGCUAAGAACAGUGUAAUCUCAAGUGCGUGUCUGCAAGAACUGCGCGACCCUGCUAAUGUUACCAGCCAUGGUGGAGAUAACCUUACUUGCAGCAGCAAAUACCUCUACGGCGCCAGUAUCGCCAGCAAAUACCAAGUGUGGUCAAUCGGCAUUUCUUCACCACCAAGGCGUCUUUCAAGCCCGCAGAGUUUUGCUAGCUGUAGACGACGAUUUCGAAACAGGCUUCGACAAGAGCUACUGAUGCCUUGGAAGGACCUUCGCUAUAUGAUCAAGCCGGUGCUACUCGAAGAGGACAUGCACAACCCUCGGAUUGACAAGUGUCCAAAUGGAUGCAAGUAUGACCACUUGGUCACCUUCAAGACAACUACAACAACACCACUCAGGCAAUGGCAGAAGGCGGCUAGACAACUGGCCAUGAAGCGGCACGAUGAUCGACGAUUUGGCGUCUCUCAGGUCAAGACAAGCAUCAAUCAGACCAGACUGUCGGCAACCAUGCUGCAGCGCAACAUCGACCUAGAAGACGCGGAUGAUCUCGAUAAUGGCGCCAAAGAAGGCGUGUCAAAUGGCGAUGUUGCGCAACUGCAAUAUUGCAAGGGAUGCCUCGCGACACCAACCGAGUUAGAAUCAAGAGUUGGAAAAAGAGAGGAGGUCGUCACAAGGGGGAAUAAUACAGUGACAAAACAAUCAACGACAAGAAAAGCGUCAAGGAAGGAGACAGUUGGUACUUGUCACGAUAAUCAAUAUGACAUCAUCUCACCCCCUGCUAAAUUCGCUGACUCUCCAGUUAGCACCACUUCGGGGAGGGGAGAAAAAACUGGUGCGUUCCAUCAAGACGAUAUCAUUGCACCUCCUCCAAUAUUCGCUGACUUUCCAGCUGCCAUAGUGGAUGAGAGCCCCGAUGGUCAUCAUGACAUCAUUCCACCCUCUCCUGAUUUUGCUGACGUGUUAUUUAGCACUCUAUGGGAGAAUUCAGAUGAGACGACUCUCGAAAAAGAGCAUGAUUGUCAAAACUCUCAGGAUAAGAAGAAAUACCAAAAGCAGCCCUGGAAGAAACAACCAAAAAAGCGCAAAGUCAAAGGAAAACGAAAGCAAGGAUCACCUAACAGAUCCACGGCAAAGCCAAACGUCACCGUAUCUUUUCAAGCUAAGAAAGCUGCUGAGAAAGGCAAGAGUGGAAGUGGACGCAAGUUGGUUUCCAAGGUUCCUGAGAAAGCGGAGGCUACGAAGGUUACGAAGAGCGGCUCUAAGCGAUUUAAUGGCAAACAAAGCUCCGAUAUCCAACAAAUCGUUAAGUCAAACUCAGAGAUAUCACCAAUCGUGAAGUCAAGCUCAGAGAUAACACCAAACGUCAAGUCAAGCUCAGAGAUAACACCAAUCGUGAAGUCAAGCUCAGAGAUAACACCAAUCGUGAAGUCAAGCUCAGAGAUAACACCAAUCGUAAAGUCAAGCUCAUCACUUCUAGACAGCAAAAAGCCAGUGGCUGCCAUUGUACCUGACAUCUCUACAACUGAUGUCAAGUCUAACGUGGAUACAAGGGGCCAUGAGAGCUGUGUUGUCGUGCUCGGAAAAGGCAAAGUGAUGGCUGGACUGUACAACGUCGUAAUGAAAACAAUACGGGAUGCAACAACGGAUCGUAAGCAGGAGGAAAUAGUAACGUGUGAGAGUGGAGUGAAGAGCGAGACCUUGGACAAGAUCGCACAAGGGGAAAGUGCAGCACGUGAUCGAGGUUAUCAAGAGGCCAAGGCUAACGUCUUUAACACAUUCAAGUUUGCGCUCCCUGAAGACAACAGCGGUGAGGUCGAUAAUGUUACUACAUCUGCGCAAGAGACCAAGAGCGAUGCCUUUAACACAUUCAAAUUUGCACUCCCUGAAGAUAGUAGCGGAGAGGUGAAUAAAGUUACUACAUCUGCGCAAGAGGCCGAGAGCAAUGCCUUUCACACUUUCAAAUUUGCACUCCCUGAAGAUAGUAGCGGCGAGGUGAAUAAAGUUACUACAUCUGCGCAAGAAGCCGAGAGCAAUGCCUUUCACACUUUCAAAUUUGCACUCCCUGAAGAUAGUAGCGGCGAGGUGAAUACAGUUACUACAUCUGCGCAAGAGGCCGAGAGCAAUGCCUUUCACACUUUCAAAUUUGCACUCCCUGAAGAUAGUAGCGGCGAGGUGAAUAAAGUUACUACAUCUGCGCAAGAAGCCGAGAGCAAUGCCUUUCACACUUUCAAAUUUGCACUCCCUGAAGAUAGUAGCGGCGAGGUGAAUAAAGUUACUACAUCUGCGCAAGAGGCCGAGAGCAAUGCCUUUCACACUUUUAAAUUUGCACUCCCUGAAGAUAGUAGCGGCGAGGUGAAUAAAGUUAAUACAUCUGCGCAAGAGGCCAAAAGGAUUGCCUUUCACACAUUCAAGUUUGCACCCCUGGAGACCGACGGUACAAAGAGUAAAGAAGCUAAAACAUCGCCACCUUCGCAAGUAGCUAAUAAGAACGCUUCUCAGAUGUACAGGUCUGUUCUGCCGGGAGAAGACUGCAAGCCAUCGGCAGCCUGUGGGCGACAGGGAAAUAGCAGCAACACCUUUGGAACAUUGAAAAGUGCGAUAUCACAAGAUGACAAAACUGAAAAAACUUCUUCUAUUACUACUCAAAUAAAGAGCUACACGUUUACCACUCCGCUUAUCAAGCCCGCUAAGCUAAGCUUUGCCGGCUCAAUUGGCACAACAUCACAAUCGAAUAGCAAUAAAAUCAACAACAAUGUCGCCCAGCAGUCUGCUGCACAGAGCAAGAGUACAUCUUCUGCUCAUGAAAUAAUAACAACUUUAUCCUCCUGCAAAGUGGCUUCGUCUGUACCACCAUCUAUGCCAAUUCCAAAUAAAUGCCAUACUAUUGCAUCUACCACAGCAUCAAUUGACAAUACGCCAAGGAAACCUGUGCAGCAUCCGCAAAAGAGCAAGCUGCAGACCAAGGAUUCAUGUGUCAAAAGCGAACAAACUACUUCAGUUACUACACCAGUAAAGAGCUACACGUUUACCACACCACUUAUAAAGCCUGCUACACUAAGCUUUGCUGGAUCAAUUUGCUCCACAUCGCAAUGCAAGAGCAACAAAAAAUAUGAAGAUCAAAAACCACUGCUUAGUACGAAGACUUCAGACCCAACGGUGUCAAUCGUCAAGAAUAGGGAGACUUCAUACUUUUGCACCCCUGUAGGAACGAUUGUAAUCUCAUCAUGUUCACAGAUCACAAACACCGUGGUUUCCCCUGUCAAGAAGGAUUCAGACAUGUGUACACAGGAUGCGGAGACGCAACAAAAAAAACUUGAAGAUGUCCAACAGAAAAGCAAAGAGGUCACUUGUGCUGCAGUUAGUGUUGAAGGCUCUACUGGGGCUCGCAGUGUUCCCAAACAGGAAUCAACAAUAUCAGCGGCUGAUCUCACAAAGAUUCCGUUGACUACUGGUGUACAUCAAAACACUAAAACAUCUGCUCCCGUUAAUGUACAGGAAAAGAGCUACAAGCUUACAACAUCAUUGAUCAAACCUGCUACGCUUAGAUUUGUCGGUUCUUUUGUUUCAACAUCACAAUGCAGCAAUGACCACAAUAAGCAGACGGUGUCAGACAAGAGUGGGACGGUGUCUGGCAAUAAAGGGACGAUGUUGGACAAGAAAGUGAUGGUGUCUGACAAGAAAAAGACGGUGUCGGACAAUAAAGGGACGAUGUCCGACAAGAAAGGAACGAUGUCUUACAAUAAAGGGACGAUGUCGGACAAGAAAGUGAUGGUGUCUGACAAGAAAGAGACGGUGUCGGACAAUAAAGGGACGAUGUCCGACAAGAAAGGAACGAUGUCGGACAAAAAAGUGACGGCGUCGGACAAGAAAGUGACGGUGUCGGACAAGAAAGGGACGAUGUCGGACAAGGAAGGAAUGUCGGACAAAAAAGGGACAGUGUCGGACAAAGAAGGGACGAUGUCUGACAAAAAAGGGACCAUGUCGGCUAUUCUUGAUGCCAUCCAGUGUAUCACUGAGCAACCAGUUGCCCCUUCAGCAAGCCUACAAACAACCAAAGCCGAGAAAACAUUAGUCAAGAACACAGCCGAGUCUACUAAAUAUACGGAGACCUCUUCAACGCAACAUAGAGAUAUUCAACAAAGGGGCAAAGAGCAAAACUCUGAUGAUGCAUUAUCAAACCAAGGAUUGCCAUUAUCAGUCGGGACGCAGGCGGAUCAAACAACACUAAUCAAUACUACAGAAAAGAACAGUGUAGCGACCACUGGUGUAGAAGAACAUGAGGCUGGUACCAAACGAAUCAAAGAUGAGACAAAGAAUUCAGAAGCCAAAGUAGAUGCUCCCACUGAUACACAGCAGAAAGUCUAUAAGUUUUCCACGCCCUUCAUAAAACCCGCCACGCUCCGAUUCACCAUUGUAUCCGCAUCGCAGUGCGGUGAAGGCCACUCCAACCCAGCGGAUUCCUCACAACAAGCACCAGUUAUGAGAACAGGAACUACCUCUGAUAUGCUGAACGCUAUUAGAGAUAUCCCUGUGCAACCGAGCAGGAGUUUAGAGUCGUUUGUUCAAAAUAAGACAAGAGAAACUACUAACUCCCUCGGGGGAUUUACGACGCCGAUGUUUCAGCCACCAAUGGAACAAGUCUUUGCAACGCCUGCAGCCACCACUACCCCUGCAAUGGACACAACUCCUGUCUGCGCCAAGACACCAACAAUGGACACCGGUCCUGAAGGUGUCAUGAGACCAUCAAUGGACACAACUCCUGUAGCCCCCAUGAUCCCAUCAAUGGACACUUCUCCUUUUGGGGUAACGUCUAUCGUCUUGCAGAGUCCACCAGGUUCUAUCUUCAACCCGUUUGUACAAAAAACUACUGGCACCCGUUUCCCCCAAGUUGUUCUUCAGAAUGAGACAAUGGACACCGAAGCACUCCAGUCUGACGACGAGGGAAUGAGUGACGACGAGACAGACACAGACAUGUCAGAAGCGUCAGAGGCCAUGUGGGAUGGUGCCUCUUCGGCCAACACAACAGCAGCUCUACAAAUCGGAUUAGGAUGCCUUAAACCUUGGCAGAACAGUGGAUUGUUUAAGCCGUGGAUCAGUACGCCAGUCCAGGAUCUUGAGAUGGGCUGUGCAACAGCUGAACCUAUACGAGAAGGUCCCAUCUUUGAUUUGACGGAAGUCGCAAGGGCAGGUGCUGCAGCUAAACUAAACAGCAGACGCAGGACGCACGAGAUUGAUAAGAACGGCAAGCCAAAACUCACGACCGCAGACUUCACCUUGGUGAAGAAGAAAAAGGUUUUUAAACCUUCAAAGAAGAAGCGCGAUCCGUUCAAAGAUGCGAUUGAAGAGACUUUAAGGGAAAUAGAAGAGGAAAAACGACUACAGGAACAAAAGAAGGUAAAAGACAACGAAGAGGUCAAAUCUGAUAUCAACAAUUCAAAAGUUGAAGACACAAACAACGGUGAGGAAUCUGAACAAACGAAAGAGCAGCAAGAGAACAAGGAGGAUAGCCUAGCCGUGUCAGACGACUUAUUCACGUUGGAUUUUACAGAGGAACAGACGCAAGAAAUCAUCAACAAGGUUUACAAAGCGCAGUCUUUAAUUACUAAGACCGCUGACCAAGCUACAUCAUUAGAUCACCAGGAGGUCAAGGGCGACGCACUUGACACGUUCAAGUUUGUAAUUCCACAAAAGCAGAGUGAAGCAGAUGUUCAAGGCACUUGUCAUGGACAAGAGACCAACGACAAACCCUUUAACAGCUUUACCUUUGCACCACCCAAGGAUAACGAUUCCACAAGCAACCAGGAUAAAACGUCUUACGGUUCUCAACAAGUCAACAACAAUACUACAAGCACAUUUAAGUUUGCAACUCCAACAGCACUAUGUGAGCCAAAGGAGGACGAUUCAAUAGACGACCAAACAGCGCCGUCAAGCGUGCAAGAAGUUCCUAACCAAACUCUUACGUUGUUUUCUUAUAAGUAUCUAAAACAUCAACUCACAGCAACGGUUAAUGAAAUUCACGAGACCUCAGAUGACAUGGCCAACUUGCUUUAUGACGGAGACGAUGUGAAAGAGGAUCAAGAAGUUAAGUCAAGCAACAAUGACACAUUUCAAGUUAUCCCCCCACUAGAGGACUCCAUAACAAACGAUGAUACUGCAACAAACGCCACACCUGAGCGCCCAGAAUCUGUAGAAAACUGCGCUUCACAGCUUGGGUUGGACUCUGCCUCUUUCCGUAACAGCAGUAACGACAAAGAAUCAGCAGAUCCCAGCAGCGUGCGAUGUCCUUUGCUGCAGUUGUUCCAGCAAUAUAAUAACACAGUCGCGCUUUCGGAGAGGAACGAAGAAACUUCUACAGUGAGUUCGACGAUAAGCGAGGAUAUCAAAGCUUCGAUGACGCAAUGCCAGGAAAAACCUCGUAUGCAUGCCUCGACAGUAACGGCAUCUGCUAUGCUGCUAUCAAGCGCUGCUGGAGUGGAGGUAGUGGCCACGAAACCCAGGAUGAAAUACACUGGAGAUGCAUUUACUACGACUGACAGAUCAGGGUCGAGCGUAGAGCCCAUCCAAACACCAGCUUACAAAGAUGACAAGGUCAGCAAUGACGAUAUAGACAUAGAGGAACGUUUGCAACCUUUGUCUGAAGUUUUUUAUGACGGCGACCAGGACACGGUAAAGGACUACGGGCAGUUAAUAGAUGUGUUGGGCCAGUUCUGCGAUGUGGCGGAAAGUACGUCUACAGCAAAUACCACGCCCCAGGUUACGGCAACCGACAAGCCAAGCCCAGAAGAGGAGCGCAAAAAUAUAGAUCAAGAGCUCAGCAGAGUGCUACGCGAUGCAAUAUUGAAAAGAAACCAAGAAAGAGUUGAUAGGCUAAGUGCUCAGACAUCUGACAUGUUUAAUAAGAUUGAACGCAAGAACGUAGAAAGGGAUAAUUCAAAAGCGGCGAUAGCCGAGGCCGCGGAAAAGGCGACAUUCUGGAAACUUGGCACCGCUGCAAACGCUCAUCUCGUACAAGCAAUCCAAGAACAGUCAAACAAGACGGAAGAGGAGAUAGCUACAGGCUUCCGCGACAUCCAGACACUAACUUGCAGCGGGUCACCAGCAAGCACUCCCGGUCAAAUUUCUCCAUUUUUGAAGAUGAGGGACGUAGACAGGUACCUUGACAAGGCGAUUGAGUCUUGUGUCACGGGCGAGGACAGCGAGGUGGAAGCCAUUAACGCGUGUGAGCCAGCCAUCGCCAGUACCACACCCGAGACCGACGAGCCCAGUCGGGAGUUUGGAAGCAUAAAAGAGCUGCUCUCGUAUUCGGAGGAGUCACUGACUAUGCGUCUGGAGUCCAUGGCGCUGAGAGGCGGAUGCGAUGUCGGUAAAAUUAAAGAUCAGUUGGUCUCCAAGCUGACAUCUUUGUCGGUGAGGAAGGAGGAUGAAGAUAGCAAAGAAUUGACGGAAACACAAGAAAUCGUGCAGGAGGUCGCACCGAAACAGCGUAAAAGCGUGCGAUUUAGUGACACGGUUCAGGAUACGCCGGAGAAGUGUGCCGCACGGUCCAAGGACGGUCCAAGCGCUAAGCGGUCAGCCCCUGACUUCACUUCCUCACUGCCCAUGUUACGCAGUAUUCUCAAGAAACAGAAAAAUCGACAAUCAAAGGUUCGACGCAAAGGAGUAGGCAUCAACCCUUUUGAGGUCCGCGGGGAUAAGGGAAACCCCUUCCUCCCAAAGACAAACAGUGGAAGCAGCGAGUCCAACCCGUUCAUCCCGAAAGUUACAAGAGGAGAGAAACAGGAGAAAAAGAGCAAGGAAGAGGAGAAAAAGAAGAUUCCUCUGAAGAAAAUUACGCGCAAAGUGCCGAAUGACAGAGAGAUCAGCUCUUAUCUCAGAGAAGCUCGCAAGAAGGUCGACAUGAAGCGCCGCUUGGAAGUGAUAGAGAGAGACUGGGGCGAGAGUGAUGAGGAUGACAUCAAUGAAGAAAAGCGGAGUAAGGAUGACCAGGGAGCCAAGCGCAAAACGCCUCGCAAAAGCGAGCAAGCCUAGUGGGCGGCAUUCACUGAACAAUUAUCGAUGAAUUGAUAUUUUUUACUACUAGAUAAAAAAAUAGUUUAAAUAGGAAACUUACAGAACAUGCCUAGAGAACAUUCACAAUGAAGAUUAUCAAUGAAUUGAUAUUUCUACCAGUUAAAAAUUUUUGAAAUAGAAAACUUGAAACUACACGCCCAGAGAGUAAGUGGCACCAUCACAAAAAAAUAAUUAUCACUGAUUUAUACUUUUAAUAUGUAUUGUUAGAUAAAACAAUUAGUGCAAAUAGGAAACUUCAGGCACUUUGAUAAACAAAUGCCUCAUCAUAAGAAAUGUGCCUUUAAAAAAAGCUUUUCUUUUUCUACAAAUAUAAUUUGUAAAUCCCCCCCUAAAUAAAUUAAGCUAGUGGUUUUUAAUUCCAUCUGUACAUUUCGUAUGAUAAGGUACCAUACCGCCUGCAAAUACUUAGCGUUUAUUUAUAUGUCUGUGUACUUAGAAUACGCUAGAUAGAUUACUCUUUGAUUCUGCAAUAAAAUAAUGAGGACAUAUUAUUAAAUAUUGAAAUCAUUAUUUUAUUCAUGCGGUACUUGAAACAUGUAAAUAAAAACAUUUAAUGUACCGCA